CCUUGUCUCAUUUCUUCAGAGCUCCGCAAAUUUCCAACAACACCACCAAAACCAGCGAACGAUAACCCGCUGCUUUUCCUCUCCAUCCACGUCGGGAAACCUCUUUCCCGCCCAUCGGAAUUUCCCGGGAUCAGAAUCAGCUAUACUGGAUUCCAUUUCAUCCAGUAAAGAGGUUUUCUCACCUCAUUGAGGAUUUCCUUACAGCUUCCAUGUUCUCAGUUGGGUUUACUCAUCUAAUCUCUCGUUCUUCUCUCCUGGUUCUAUAUGGGAAGCAAUGUCCGAACAGCUUUGGAGUUUGAUUCUUGAGUGACUUUUUGUUCCCUGAUUUUCCUUCUGGAUACCAUACAUUGACCAUUUUACCUGGAAAUUGACUCUUAAUACCUUGGAUCCUACAAGUUUUUGAGGAAACAACAGAUUGAUCAGUUUACAGCACUGAAGGAUGAUCCAGAUAAAGCAUACCAAUUGGAAACAUCAAAUCUGGUGAACCCUAUAUGAGUAACAAUGGCUUUGAGUUUAAGGCAGGUCCUCUUACAUUUAACUCUUUUUGUAGUGUUAUAUGGUUAUGUUGUAGCUGAGCCUGAAAGCAAAUUUACUGGAAGGAUAAGGACUGCUCCUCAAAGGGAUGUAGAAAAUACUGUUAUAGAUGGCUCUGGUAUCCAGAUUGCCUCUGAUGUCUCCAAGGAUAAAUAUAAUGGGUUUGGUGAGAGGAAGGGUGGGAAUGGUAGAGUAUCCAUUUCCACAGUUGCAUGGUUUACUCUGGCAAUGGCUGCUGCAACUGGGUUAGGUGCUGUUCCGUUCUUCUUUGUAGAGCUUGAUCCACAAUGGGCUGGAGUAUGCAAUGGAAUGGCUGCCGGGGUGAUGUUGGCUGCAAGCUUUGACCUUCUCCAAGAAGGCCAGUCCCAUGGCAGUGGGAACUGGGUUGUCUUUGGGAUACUAGCGGGUGGCAUGUUCAUUUGGCUUUGUAAGAAGUUUCUUGAACAAUAUGGGGAAAUAAGCAUGUUGGAUAUAAAAGGUGCAGAGGCAAGUAAGGUUGUUCUUGUUAUUGGGAUAAUGACUCUUCAUUCUUUUGGAGAAGGCUCUGGGGUUGGUGUCUCUUUUGCUGGAUCAAAAGGAUUUUCUCAAGGCCUUUUGGUAACGUUGGCUAUAGCUGUGCACAACAUUCCAGAAGGAUUAGCUGUUAGUAUGGUUCUUGCAUCAAGAGGGGUUUCUCCAAAAAAUGCAAUGCUAUGGAGUGUGAUUACAUCACUACCCCAGCCUAUUGUAGCUGUGCCAUCAUUCAUAUGCGCUGAUGCAUUUAACAAAUUGUUACCUUUUUGUACGGGCUUUGCUGCUGGGUGUAUGAUUUGGAUGGUUAUAGCAGAGGUCCUCCCUGAUGCUUUUAAGGAAGCCUCCCCUUCUCAGGUUGCUUCUGCAGCUACACUGUCUGUAGCAUUUAUGGAAGCUCUUGCUACGGUGCUCCAGAGUUUCAGCAAUCAGUACAGCUUGGAGGAUGCUUCUGGCUUCUUUGUUUCACUACUUUUUGGUCUAGGGCCAUUUUUUGGUGGUGUCUCGCUUAUUGCAUUUGCUAUUGCCUUCCAUCUUCAACAUGCUCUUCUCACUGGUGUGGCUUCUGGCAUUGCCUUUGCCCUUGCUGCCUGGCGCCCACUACAAUUACUCGCCUCUUCAAAGAUGGGCUUCUUCCCACUUCUGUUACUCCUUGUGAUGGGUGCUCUCUUAUUUCGCACUUCAACAUCCGGCAUUUUGAAGCUUGCAAGCCACAAAAAAGCUUCAGUGAAUGAAUUGUCAGGCGCUUCAGGUUUUAUAGUGAGUGCUCUCACCCUACAGUCAUUCUUGGCAUGUGGGGCCGUUGGUUUGCAUGCUUUGGUGGAGGGCCUUGCACUGGGAGUGGCUGCACCAAAAGCUUAUGGGCUGGGGCGGCACAUGGUCCUUCCUGUCUCCUUACAUGGACUUCCUCGAGGAGCUGCAGUUGCCAGCUGCAUAUUUGGUGCUACUGACAGCUGGCGUGCAGCACUGGCAGCUGCCACCCUAACUGGAUUUGCUGGUCCAGUCUCAGCAAUUGGAGCAAUUCUUGCUGGAAUUGACUACAGUGGGCUUGACCACUUGAUGGUCUUUGCAUGUGGAACAUUAGUCCCGAGCUUUGGGAGCAUAAUCCAACGUGCAGUUAAAUUGGAUGUUCGGAAGAGCAGUGUUGGGUUUUUGGUGGGUAUGGGAUUUGCAAUAGUUUGCUUAUUGUCCACACGAUUAGUUUGCUUACACACUCCUUACUGCAAUUCUGCACCUGAGGCUGUUACUUGAGGUAAGUGAGCUCAUCCAGGGAUGUCUGACCAAUCGAGCUUUUGAGAAAGAAACUGAUAGACUGAAGUUUUCCCUUUCUCAAGGGAAGGAGGGUGGAUUGUGACAAAUUGUAAGUUAGAAAAAAGGAAUAGUAAAAAGAAAAAAAAGGUAAACUAUUGUAAACAGACAAGUUUGGAAUUUAUGCAUGUAAUAUAGGGCAAUGCUUUUCUAUCU